AUGUAUCACUAUUUCAACGUGCUUUGCGCGCUCCUCAUAGGUGUCGCUCAGGGGACGCCCUUACUCGGGUCGCCAACGCAUCAUGCUCGGAACCAGCAGAUUCAGUGGAGUCCCUGUGAGGCCAACGGAACCCUGUCCACGGAGUGCGCUACGUUUCCUGUGCCCCUAGACUAUACCAAUGAAGCCUCUAAUGCCACGCUGAACCUCGAGCUCAUUCGGAUUCGCGCCCCGAACAGCCCUUCAAAAGGAAGCGUGUUCUUCAAUUUCGGCGGCCUGGGUGAUAACGGAAAACUAAGUCUAGCUACGUACGGGCCGAUGCUACAAGCGUAA